CCAUUCUUCAUUCAACUAAAUAUGCUAAGUGUUUUUGCUGUUGCUCUUAGUUUAUUUGUCCUGUACGGUGACGUCUUGAUUGCGAGGAGCCAUGCAGAUGGACAUUCUGAAGAAUGCAAGUACCCAUUUCGGACUAUAGGAGAUAGCUGUUACUUCAUAAGCAAGGAGAAAGCGUCACCAGAUAAAGCAUUUGCAUUGUGUUUGCGGCGCGGUACAUACCUUGCUAAUUUUGAGACUCUGGAAAAAGCCAUGUUGAUGAAAUAUGAACUGCAACAAAUGAAAACAGGUUUACACUUCCAUGUUGGAGGGCGGAACAUAAACAGAUACAUCCCUGGUGGAGACUGGAGGUGGAUACAAAACGGCAAAAUGAACAAGAUGACAUACAAAGCUUUUUGUACUAGACAACCUGAUGGAUCAAAUGCAGCACCACAAGACUGUAUGAUGUUUUAUGCAGGGGAAAGAUAUAUCCUUCACGAUGUAUACUGUGACCACCCUUCAUGGGGAAGUGGAUAUAUUUGUGAAAAAUGA